GCGUCAGGGGCGGGGCGGAGGCCUACGGGAAGGCCCGGCGGACCCUGUCCUGGCGCGAGGCGCAGAUACCAGGCAGCCAGUUCUGAGGUGCCAGGUUCAGUCCUGUGACUGUCGCUCUGCAGCUAGGGGUGGGGCGAGGAAGCCCGGUAACCUCGAAGAGUCCUCAAAAGACCCAGAAGCACGAGCAGGAGUGAGGUGUACCUCUCCCAACAGAGCUCGUGAUGCCACCCGUGACGCCGGUCAACAGGGUCUCCCUUAGGGAGCUCGCUGACCUGGCCAUUGGCACCCCAGAGGUGGGCGCCGUCAACUUCACAGCCCUGCAUACUCUCAUUGUGGCCAUCCUCAAAAACCUCAACCUCCAAGAGACACUCAUCGACAUCCAGACCCUGUCGCCCGAGGGAGGCCACUCGAUCGAGUCCUUCCGCUCAGUGGAGCCGCUCCGAGCCUCGUACAGCGGGCUUCUCAGCACACCGCAGUUACAGCCGAGCAAAGAGAAGCGCAGGGCUGCCAGCAGGUCAUCCCAGAGCUUGGAGAUCCAGGUGAAGGACCUGGGCGGGCAGGUGCAGGACCUCACCAAGCAGCUCAAGGCUGUGGACAGCCAGGUGCAGGUCAUCGUCACCCACGUGCAGCACAUCACCUCGCAGCCCAUGGAGUUCGACUUGGAGUCCUCCACGGCCCUGGAGGAAAAGGACACGGCCAUGCCAGACACAGAGGAGACUCAGAUAAGAUUGAUUAAGGUGCAGGAGGACGUAAAGAAGCCCGUGGACGUGCUCCAGGAUAUGGAAGAUGUGAAAAGCUUGAAAGAAGCCCACACAAAAGCACAGGCGUUAAAACCACAGGUUCUGGUACCCGAGGAUACGAAUUUCCAGGAACUUCUACAGCGCAUGGAAGACCUGGAGAGGCUCGUCAAAGGGCGAGAUGAUUUCCUGGAAUAUAUAAGCCAGAAACUGAACAUUGUUCCUGGUGGAGAAGAAGUGACCAUGGUCACCUGGGAAGAGCUAGAGCAAGCCAUUGCCCACGGCUGGAGGGCCACCCAGGCGUGCAACCUGGCACCAGUCAACGUGGUUUGGCGCAGCCUGGUACAUUUCAGUAUGGUUUGGCACAACCUGGCGCAGGCCAGUUUAGCAUGGUACAACCUGGAAUGGAUCAGCAUGGUUCACCACAGCCUGCUACAGAUCAACGUAGCCUGGUGCAACCUGGCACUGAUCAGGGUGAUUUGA